GGGGGGCAGUGCUGGCCCUGCAGCCUUGCGAAGCCGCGGUUUCUGCUGCAAGUCGCUGCUAAGUUGACUGAAGGGGCUGGAGGUCGAUGCCGUGACGCCCUUCAGGGACGACUCAUGAGUGACAUUCAGAACAAACAGCCGUCACACCUGAGGAGGUCUCCCUUCCCGCCUGAGGUUUUGGUCUCUGUUGUAUACGGCUGGUGGUGUGCACAGAAAGACACGCCCGGAACUGCAAGCAGAGAUGAAGGGAGCCACCUGGUUACACGGAACAAGAAGAAUGUCAUACAUCUGAUGUGACCCCUUUUGUUAUCACUUUAUGGGGGCUAAUGAUUUACAGAACAGUUGUUGACACAUGGGGGCAAUUUCUUAUGUCCCCGAACAGUCUCACCCCCAACUUAAGUCCUUUUCCACCAUCAGACACCAAGACCCCAAAGCCCCCCCCAGGACACACCCCUUUACCCUCCUUUCCCAGAGUCCUUUGCUUUGUUGCAAUACAUCCUACUCAGCUGUAUUGUCCAAGUCCAGAAAGUGAUUUCUCCUGUCGAGUCAGGCAUCAGCUCUUUUGUACUUUGAAGAUAAUCCUCUGAGAACUUUAAAUGAUCUUUGCUUUGAAGUUCAGACUCUAAAGGACGAUGUCAGUGUUCUUGUUGAUAAAGCAUGUGUGACAAGUCGAGAAAACAGUGGUUUCAUGAAGGCUGCAAAAGUACUGAUGGAAAAAAAUUCAACGGACAUCACAAAAAUAAAAGAGUUCUUCCAGAAAUACGGAUAUAAUCCACGUGCCAAAGGAAAUUCAGCUCCAGUGAGUGAGCAAGAAGUCACUGACUCAAAACCAGAGUGUGCUGAGCAUGAAGCCUCUCAGGUAUCAGAGUUGAAAGCCGAGUCGCUGGAUUCUGCUGUUCCAAGCAAUGCUGUUUCUGAGAAUUUUCCACGCAGCCCGCAGCUUGCAGAUUUUGGACUUGAGCGGUACAUGAUAUCCCAAGUUCUGCCAAGCCCUCCACAGGCCGUGAACAAUCAGAUGGAAGAACCAGAGAUUCUAAAUCCAUCUUGCAGUGCUCUAAUCACAGCACCAAAAACUCCAAAGUAUACUCUCAGGAUGGACGAUUUUGAGUGUGUGACUCCCAAGAUAGAACACUUUGGUAUUUCUGAAUAUACCAUGAACAUAUGUUUAAACAAUGAUUACACUGUGGAACUCAAAAAUCUAAAGAUUAAAAGUGAUGAGAACAUAGAAACAGAACCUGUGAUAAAUGGUAAUUCCAUUGCUUCUCCUGGCCUUGUAACCCAGCAGAUGGAAAAAAAUGAUGCUGAAUAUCUAAAUUCCCCUGUGGCACCUACGUUCUGCACUCCUGAUUUGAAAAUUCCUUCUACAAAAAAUGAUACAGCUCUGGUCUCCACAAAUUAUCUACCACCAGAAACAAAUUGUUCAACAAAUGACUUGAAACUGAGAGACUUCACAUCCUUAGCUUUAAAUUCAGACAAGUGCUUUCAGAAUCUUGAAGCCCCCUCACUUAAAAUGGCUUCUUACGAGGAUCUGCUCCGAACACCAACCCCUCCAACAAUAACUACAAUUCCAGAAGACGUUCUCCAGAUGUUAGCAAGAUACAACUCAAAUCUAGCUACUCCAGAAGUGGUAAAAGCUGUGCCCCCUAGCCCUAGCCAGGAGUUUACUAAAUACAGAAAAUGGAGCAGCCACCAUAUUGGAAAAGAGAACUAUUAAAAGAUUAUUACUGGAGCUUGGUGCCUGCAUGACUCCACCACCCUCAGUGGCCAAUUUUUCCUUUUCUUUGCCAGAUGGUAAGAGAAAGUCAUCUGCAGCACUGUUCCAUCUUCCCCCCUGCAGAUGGGGACUGGCAACUUGAACCAGUAGCCUCGAACAUGGCAGUGUGCAGUGUGCACCGCAUCAGACCUCAAUCUUGCAAUUUGAACUUUGAACAAUUUUAAAAAGAAAUCUGCAGUUCCUAUUAUUACAGUAAGAUGGCCUCCAGUAUUUCUGGGGCUAAGUACUUAUCACUCCCUAGUAGAUCUGGGCUGCUUCCUUAACUAUAGCUGCAUCCUUCUGCCUCCUCAUGACUCUCCCAGCAGUCCUUUAUCCUUUUUAUUUCAACAAUAUUCUUUUCAAUGACAAGCUUAUAUUAAUUUGGGAAAAGAAGUAGUUACAGGCCUGGGUCACUGCGGUGUCAUAGCAGACCUCAGGCAUUUGGAAACAAGGGCUCGAGUUGUUCUUGGGACAUGUCUCCCUUCUUCUGUGUCCAGCUUCUUUCUGAGGGCCAGCUCCAUCCUCUUCAACCAGUUCUUUCCACCAUGGCAGCUGACCCUUUCCAGCCCCCCUCCACAAGACCACUCAACAGAGUGUGAUCUGUACUCUUUGGAAGGUGCUGAGGACUCUUCCCAAGUUAGACAUCUUUCUGUAAACUGUUGCCUAUGGAAGCAGAAACUUCUAAAACUUUGACAGGUUCAGACUGUCCAGACCAUCCAAUCUGAGGCCCUUCCCCUUUAAGCAUGACUGAGAUGCAAAUUUAUCUAAUUACAUUUGUGAAAGUACUCUUGGUCAGCUUUUCAGAUUAUGGCCAAAGGGAAAGCAAGGAACUAACAUACUAUGGAGAUGGGUUUAAAAAAAAAAUGAGAAGAAGUAUUUAACAAAUCUUAUGACAGGAUGCUUCAAAAGCUUAGUGUUGAGAAAUCUGGUGCAAUAACCAUUACUUUUCCAAAUUGUGCUUUGAAAUGAAGGACUUCUGUUACAUUGUUUUCUUCAUUGUAUCAGCAAAUUGUCACUAAAACUUUACUCAUUCUUAAUUUUGUGUAGUUUUUUUUUUUUUUUAAGUGUGAUACAAAGCAACUUAUUUCUGAUAUAUUUUGGUUUUUCAAGGUAAAACUUUGGUCACCCUUCUAGAUGAUGAUGCCUCCCAAGUUCCUAUCAACCUUGUGUUCACUGUUUAUCGGAGCUGUGUGUAUGUCAUCCACAGGACAAUCAAGAUUGCAUAAGCAGGGAGUCAGUGUGUUAGUACACCAAGGAUUGAAUCCUUCAGGGGAUGGGAAGAGGCAGAGAGAGCAUUGAAUAUAGGAGACUGGCAAGAGGCCAGUCAUCUCACUGAGUAAUACUGCUGUCAGUAUUGCUGAAAACCCGAAUAAGAAGAGAAUAUUUUGUAGCUAAAAAAAAGGAAAGAAAUAGGAAAAGAGGAAGGGCACUGGCAUACUGGUUGAGUGCACACUUCAUCAAAUGCAAGGAUCCAGGUUUGAAGCCUUGCUCCCCCACUACAGGGGGGCAUGCUUUGGAUGCUUUAUGAGUGUUGAAGAAAGGCUGUAGAUAUCGGUCUUUACCUUCCCCUCCCCUCUCAAUCUCUGUCCCAUCAAAACAGAAAGGAAGAAAAUGGCUACCUGGAGAGAUGGAUUAUUUUUAUAGUCUCAUAAGGCUUAGAUCAUUCAAACAAAAAUCACCAAGGUAUUGAUUAUUAAAACAAAAACCACCAAGGCUUUGAUUAUUGAAACAAAAAUCACCAAGUAAGAACAACACAGGUAGGGAACACCUCCUGCUUUGUGGAACAUUCACAUUCCAGGGGCACUUUCUGCCCUAGAGAUCACAUCACCAUUUCUGUGUCUUUUGUUUUUCCUGUACCUGUGUGCUAGGCAAAUGUCCUAUUGAUUAAGAUUAAUAUUCUACCUUUUAUGCCAUUCUCUUGGCCCUGUGCAUCAGAAGACAAUGGUUUAUAGAAAAUUCAAGUUUGUUAUGUUUCUAGGGGCCUUAAACAAAUUGAGCGGCCCAUUUUUCACAAAAUCUGUUACAUUGUUUGAUCAAGGAGUUUUGUUUUAUUCUGUUCCAAGUUAAACUCUCUAGCUAGAAUCCACCUUCUGUGUAUGCUCACUAUGUGACCUAGGUUCUUGUGUACUAUUCUUGCAUAAGGAGGUGGGAGCAUAGUGGUGGGUGGUAGAUUAAAAGGCCCAUUGUAUUUAGGCAGGUACCAUAACUUUCCAUUAAUUAUUUGUUAUGUAAGGUGGCCCCUCCAAUGUGGGAACCACCAAUCUUUAUAUUUUAGGGGGAAUACUAAAGGAAGUGGUGUAGAUAAAGGGGAAAACAUUUCUUCCUAUUGGGGCCUCCUGAAAAAUUCUGCAUUACUGCUAUUGCUUAUUCCAUUAUGAUCAGUCUUACGCUGGCAGUGCAGGUUUUGUCAUUAUUUUUGUCAUUUGGUCAGGCUCUGAGCCUGGCCAUAGGUAAAUAUUAUUAAGACCACACAGAGCUGAAUCAUGGCAAAAAGUGAGAUGGUUUCAGUUUGUCCUGGAGAGUCCAGCCGUGCUGAACUUCCUGCGAAGCUGGUACUGUGUCAAGCAGCUCGCAUGACGGUGCCUGCUCCAGUUUUCAGUUUUGUAAAUAGCUAGUAUGCAUAUUUUAGUUAAAUUCUAAAGGGCCUGUGGCUAUAAUAGUUGUUUUAUUUUAUUUAUUUAUUUUGCCUGAGCCUGAAAUCUGAUAUGCAGGUGGAAUCCUAAUUAUUGUCUGGGGAGAUGAUGUCAUGGCUGGCAGAAGGACCAGAAAGCUGGAUCAGGGAAGAGAGUAGCUCCCAAAUAUGGGAGAGGUGUACAAAUAUUGUUGAUUG